UUAAGUUAAUCUACACUGAUUGAAAUAACCGCUCUUACUUAUAAGUGUUAUUACUUAACAUUAAUCAUCCGUUUAACCGACAGAUAAACUAACGCUUAAUUAUAUUAUAAGAGCGAAGAGAAGCAGUAAAUAAAUUUAAAUAUUGGCGGCGAGAUAUAGCCGGAGUUGCGCAAUGAGGAGGCAGUGGGAGCUGAGACCACCUGUGGCUCAGUCAGCUCCGAGCGCUGUUCGAGGUCGCCCGCAUCAGCUGUGAGAAUAUACAUACGGUGAAAUCCCCAGUCGAUAAUUAAGUCGAUAAAUCUUAUGUGGAUUGUUGAAAAUUGAAAAAAAUAAAUAAAUAGAAUAGAGAAUAACUAAAGCAGAAGCAUGUGCUCCCGAGGGCUCCACACCCUGAUCGACCAGGAGAGCAAGGACCAAGACGUGGAGGGCAGCCCGGUGAGCGAGAUCCUCGCUUCGAUCCCUGUCUUCGACAAGGGAGGCGGUGGGGAUACAGAGCUUCCCAAUGAGAUAUCCGCUCCUUAUGAGUUCCCGCAGUUCCCGAUCGAGCAAAUCGAAAACAAGUUAGCGAAGCAGAGGAUCUUGAGAACUAAGGCUGCUCUAGAACGCGGUACUCUACUUGAGCAGGGAUCAUCUGAUGAGGUUGACAUCUUCUCCGAUGGAGGUCGGAAGAACGGUUAUCAUUUCAGUGCUUACCAGAGAGUGUCCAUAAGCGGAGAAGACAUUUCAGGAGUGUCUAUAGAAGACAGAAAGAUGGCAUCUGCAAAGCUGAUCGAAGCCCUUCAUACCAGAUACAAGUACAUGAAAAUGUCACGGCAGUCGUUUCCCGCGCUCACUGCGAAAUUCCUUCUCAAUUCCAAAUUAGAAAAUGUGGAAAAUUUGAAAGAAGCAGAUCACGGGAUAGCGGACCAUUGUGUCCACGCUCCUUCCAACGGGAACCCUUGGGAUUGCGACUUUCCACCCUCGACUAAUUACAUCAUAAAACCAGUCGAUGGCGUUUUCCAAGUGUACAAGAACAAAGAGAAAGCGGACCUGGAUGAACCUCUCGACUACCCAUAUCCACGCUACCUCGAGUUCGUCGCCGAACUGAACAAGCUCUGCUCCACAAUGGUCGAUGGCCCUCUGAAAUCCUUUUGCUAUCGGCGACUCACGUAUCUUUCUUCAAAGUAUCAACUCCACCUCCUCCUCAACGAACUGAGAGAACUGGCAGCUCAGAAGGGAGUUCCUCACAGGGAUUUUUACAACAUUCGUAAAGUCGAUACUCACAUCCACGCCGCUUCUUGCAUGAAUCAGAAGCAUUUGCUCAGGUUUAUCAAGAAAACAUUGAAGAAUCAUAAAGACGAAGUAGUGACCAAGGGCGAAAAGGGUGCUAUGACUCUGGAAGAAGUUUUCCAAUCCAUGAAUCUCACGUCAUAUGAUUUGACAGUUGACAUGCUUGAUGUGCACGCUGAUAGAAACACGUUCCACAGGUUUGAUAAAUUCAACGCCAAGUAUAACCCAAUAGGAGAAAGUAGACUGCGAGAAGUUUUUCUGAAGACUGACAAUUAUUUAAAUGGUAAAUAUUUUGCUAGAAUAAUAAAAGAGGUAUCUUUCGAUUUAGAAGAGAGUAAAUAUCAAAAUUCUGAACUGAGGCUUUCAAUAUACGGUAAGAACGCAGAUGAGUGGGACAAACUGGCGAACUGGGCAAUAGACAAUGAUGUCUACAGCGACAAUGUGCGCUGGCUCAUUCAGAUCCCGAGACUGUUCGAUAUAUUCAAGUCUAAUAAUUUGAUGAAUAAUUUCCAAGAGUUCUUGACAAACAUAUUUCUUCCCCUUUUUGAAGUGACGAAUGACCCAAGCAGCCAUCCGAACCUCCACAGGUUCUUGCAGUACGUCAUCGGCUUCGACUCCGUUGACGAUGAAAGCAAACCCGAAAACCCGAUGAUCGACAAAGACACCCUGAGACCUGAGGAGUGGACGCAAAUAGAUAACCCGCCGUACGCCUACUACCAGUAUUACAUGUUCGCCAACAUGGCCGUGUUGAACCAUUUCAGAGAAGAGAAGGGAAUGAACACGUUCGUGCUGAGGCCUCACUGCGGAGAGGCUGGUCCGGUGCAGCACCUGGUCUGCGGGUUCAUGAUGGCGGAGAACAUAUCCCAUGGCCUGCUCUUGAGAAAGGUACCUGUGCUGCAGUACCUCUAUUAUUUGGCCAGGAUAGGAAUCGCCAUGUCUCCGCUCAGCAACAAUUCCUUAUUCCUCAAUUACCACAGAAAUCCAUUGCCAGAAUACCUUGCUCGUGGACUAUGCGUAUCACUGAGUACUGACGAUCCACUCCAGUUUCACUUCACUAAGGAACCUCUGAUGGAAGAGUACAGCAUCGCCGCCCAGGUAUGGAAGCUAAGCUCAUGCGACAUGUGUGAGCUUGCUCGGAACAGCGUGAUCAUGAGUGGCUUCCCGCAUAGAACCAAGCAGUACUGGCUCGGGCCAAACUAUCACAAAGAUGGCAUAGAAGGCAAUGACAUAACAAGAUCCAAUGUCCCAGAUAUAAGAAUCGCUUUCAGAAGCGAGACUAUGAUCGACGAGCUGACUAACAUCUUCAGGCUCGGGGAUGAGACGGAAACAGCUGCAAUAUAAAUUGAUUACUACUUGUUCAAGAGAUGGGUUGAAUGAUUCUGUUUUCAUGACAUGGAAAUUAGGACCCUAUGGAAUCUAUUUUAAACCCUCAUUCUCCUCUGUGCAGUUCAUCCAUGUUUGAUAAAACACCACCCCAUAAGAAUUUCUAUUGUAAUAAGAAACUAUGUAAUUUAUUUUUAUAUAGUGAAUGAUGUCUUAAUAAUUUCUAAUUAGAUUUGUAUUUUAUUUUUAUGUUAUAUUUCUUAUGAUAUUAUUCUGCUCCAUUUUUUAAAUUUAAUUUAAAUGCUUCGAUAUAUUAUUUCUUCCUAAUAUACACGUGUCACUCAUGAAAUACUUAUUGGGAAGGUGUACUGUGAUAUAUAUUUCAUCUCUGUCUUUAGCAUUUAAUGUUUUAUUAUGAAUGGGUACUUAGAAAAAUUUUGUUUCAUCUUUCCUGUGGGCUAAAUAGCUGACACAUAAAUGGGUUUUAUGAAUGACAGGGUUGAUACAGGGUUUUUAUAAAUGAAAUUUUUGUUUUUAGCUCUUUCGAUAAUUGUAGAAGAAACAUAUUCAGAAGCCAUAAAUUACAAUUUAUAUAUUUAUAUAGAAAUUCAUAAAUCGAAUUGAUCUUGGUAAUUACCAAGAUAGACAAAAUAAGUUUUAAUUUUCUGUUACGUUAGACCAUAAAGCUAUUAAAAAUAUGAAGGGUCUAUGUUGAAAGAAAUAGAAAUGGAGUGGGUCAAGAAAAAUGUAUUCAUAUAUAAUUUUUCAAUUUCAAAAAUUGGGUGUUUGUUGGAUGGUUCAACUUUAUUAAUAUUGAAAAACAAAAUUGGCGCAUAAAGCUAGUUGAUCUUCCAAAAAUAUUGAACCUAGGUUUCAGUAAUAGGAUUUGGUGUCAUUAAGUUGUAUCAAUUGAUGCAUUUUACCCAUCUCUAAAAUAUUAACAUAAAAAUUCCAAUAGAUACAUACUAUUGCUUUAGAAAUAUAUUUAAACAUAUUAAAUGUGAUAAUAUUUUCUUAAUAUAUGUUUUUUUUUUCUUUCUUGUUUUAUUCAUGCGUGUAUUUUAAUGUUUUAACAAAUAUAAAUAUUUUAGAUAGAUAAAUAUUUUUGAUAGCGUGUGAUAUUGAUGAACUGACAAGAAAAAUAUUUAAUUAUUUUAUGAUCUUAUUUGAGUUAUUAGACCUUAAUUUCGAACACAUUUUAGGAAAAAAAACAUUUAUAAAGAAAAAAAAAAGGAAAAGAAAUGAGUAAACUGAAAACAGUUUAAAGUUUAAUUUAAUUUUAUCAUGUAUCAAUAAUACAAUGAUAUAUUGUUAUAUUCAUGAUAUAUUGUUAUAUCAAAUAAAAAGUUAUAUAGAUUUAUAAAGCAUUAUAAUACAUGUAUGAAAGGCCAAUUAGUUAAGUGACCAAAUAAGUGGACGACUUUUCUUUGUAAUGUAGUCUAGUUACUUUUUUACCUAUUUUUUUGAUUAUGUAACUAAAUAUAUGUUUAAAUAAAAGAUGCGCAUAUGGUAUAAUGUUUACAUUAGCCUAAAAAACAUCCCUUCCCCUUCCUUCUAAUGCUAAUCCACCAAGAUAUAUAAAUAUCAUUAAGUGUAAUAUAACUUACAUCUUGAAUUUUGGUAAAAGUUUUGGAAAUACAAAAAUUACUAUUAUAAUUUUUUUUAAUUUAUAAAUAUUUUUACAGUAAAAUUAUUUUUUUCAAAUAUAUAAGACUUUGAGAAAAUAAGACAAACGGCUAAUUUUAAGUACUUUUAAAUGUGAACUUAACAACUUCGAUCAUUAUUUGUUCAAACAGCUGAAGGAUCUUCUCUAAUUCUUUAAGUGACAUAGGAACUUGACCAUACUCAAAAUUAAAAUUUAUUAUGAAACUAUUAAAUAAAAAAUUAACAUAAAUAAAAUAAUUUUUCAUAAUACACUAUAUAUCCAGUA